AAUGGACGCCUCCACGACAAGUAAGUAGUUCGCGGAAGAAUACUAAUGAUGUUCGGUUCACAGAACCGGCUCCGAAGAUGAUAACUGCAUGCGAGUGUGCAAUAUUCUCGGAAUUAAUGGACUUACGCAAUAUUUGCGUAUACCUCCGAGGCACCUUCUAGCGCUACGUUAUAUUCAGAAUACUUUCAAACCAAAACUCAUUUCAACGGACGCUCUUGUCUUGUUCGCAUCCUCUGCGGUUUUCAAAUUUGGUGACAUUUGUUAAUUGAUAACAUAGUAUCAAUAUUUGUUAGUUGUCAACAAAUAUUUGUAGUGAUUAUUUUUACGCAAGGAAACAAACCGGAUUUGUGCCUUAUUUUUAUUGUAUCAAAACAUCAAUUUUGAGACAGUUAUUUUUAGAAACAUUUUAUUGGAUAUUUUAUUGCGGAUAUUCUGAAAGAAUAUUCUUGUUGUGAAUUUUGGACUGUUCUGACUGUUUUCGUUGUGGAUUAACGUUCUACGAACUAUGGCUCUACUUUGUAAUCCGAAGAAACAAUUAAAAGCGUAAUUUUUUAAGGAACCGGAAGAAAUCGUUUGCACUCUGAAGAAAAGUUUUUGAAAAAAAAAAUACUUUUUACUAGAACCGGAAGAGGCGUGGUUUAUGCGUCACGUGCCUUCCUUCUAAUCCUCGUGUGGGUUGGUUUCGGGCGCCAGUCACUCUCUCUAGCAUGCUUGUUCCUCGCCGGGGAGCAAAACCGCAAUAAACAAGCAACAAUCAUCAGCGAGCCUUCCUUUCCUGCCUUGAUUUUUUGACCAAAGUUACUCGAUUUUAAUAGGCAAUGCUUUGUGGUUGACAUCUGCCGCCAGUUCUCCUUUCACAAUGCAUUUGCCCGCCGAGACCGUCAGUACGUGCGGAUUCGGACUCAUGAGUAGCGGCGAUUUGACUCUGCCGUCUACGGAAAAAUCGCUUGCCGCUAUAGGGGUAGAGGCCGGUGCCGGCGAACUCGUGAAGACUGGCAGCCCCUGUUUUGUGUGCACCGCGCUGCCAAGCCACUGGCGUUCCAACAAGACUCUGCCGGUCGCUUUUAAAGUUGUGUGUCUCGGAGAUAUCGCUGACGGAACAGUGGUCACCGUCAGAGCGGGAAACGAUGAGAAUUAUUGCGGGGAACUCAGGAAUGCGACUGCCACCUUUAAGAAUGGAGUGGCCAAAUUCAAUGACCUGAGAUUUGUUGGACGUAGUGGGAGAGGAAAGAGUUUCAACCUGACGAUCCACGUUGCCACUAACCCACCUCAAGUAGCCACGUACAAUAAAGCGAUAAAAAUUACUGUUGAUGGACCUAGAGAACCACGAACCAAAUCUCGUCUGCCUCACUUGCAGAUGAAAUCCUUUUCCCCUCGCAGCAGUCGUAGUCCUAGCAGCUCACCCAAGGUGGAUCUUAUCAAUUUCCAGGUGUCUUCCGACCCACCUGUUGUACCUCUGUCACUGCCCGAAUCCACUUGGAGCGAUGCCUUUGAACCAGUAAAGAAAGAAAGACAGUGGAAUCCCGUUGAAUUGCCUUCCAAAGUGCCUACGGUGACAACCUCCUCCUCGACACACGGUUCUGCUGGUUCAGCUUUGGAUUCGUCCACUCUUUCCGAUAUACCUUGGCAUGCUUUGCCUACCCCACCGUACCCACAGCAUUUACUUCCAUCAUCUGUGUCCACUGCCUCUUUUGCUAGCCGGCCAGAAGAUCAGCUCGCGCCCCUUGUUACUACAUCAGUAUUAACACCAACCCUGUUUAGUCCUGGCCCUCCACUUCCGCCUCAACAGCUUGCGAAUGAUGAUUUCUUAGGACUGUAUUAUGAACCUCUGCCAUCUUCAUCCAAGCCAUCUCAAGAUUUCAAACUUCCUAAACUUGAGCAAGAUGUAUUCAAUGAGAAAGCGUAUCAACAUAGUCUUCCAUCCACGAGUAACCUCAGUUCUGCCUUACACAGUGAUUUCAAACAGCCUUAUUUAACGACAACGUCGUCAUCCAUUUUAUCGCCAAGUUUUCCGCUGUACUCAUCAGAAACUCAAGGCAACUCUUCCUUGUUUUAUUCUGGAUCAGGUGUCCAGGCGCAAUCUUCCCAAGAGCUUGCAAUGGACAGCAGUGAGUCAGGAACAGCAGCUUUGGUGUCGUCGAGUGUUCUAAACAGGACAGCUUCUACAUCAAGUUCUAUUCUGCCACCUUAUGGGUCUUCGACAAGUUAUCCAACAUCUUCUGUUGGACCAUCCAUGCAAUCUUCUUUCCAACUGCCUUGUUUAGAACUCUUCGGGUCGAAUGAUCCAGGCUUCACGCCAGGUCCUUUGACAAUGGCCGCCAGUGUUCUAUCGUCUUCGUCUUCACCGUCAUCCACAGACAUAUCAUCUUUUGGUCUGGAAAUUCUCGAUUCUGAGCUUCGGACUCCUCCAGUCACAACUGCUAUUUCAUCACUGUCAUCGCCAUUUUCUUUGUCAGGCACUGUUCCCAUUCAAAGAGAACAGUCUUACGUACCAAUGAUGCAGGACCAAGUACCCAUAUGUACAAGUACAAAUAUUUAUCAAAAUGUACCUGUGACCGCGCCUGCUACUACAUCGAGCUCUAUUGUGCAAUCCGAUGUGUGGAGACCAUAUUAAAAAAAUUAAGCAUUAGCUGUUAUAAAUUUCUUUGUCUUUUCUUCAGUAUUUCAUUUAAGGUAUUGGAAUCUGUUUCGUAUUUGCAAAGUUUUUGUAAAGGUUGUGACAGAUAUGUUGUUUUAUGUUUCUCUUAAAAUGUUACUCAACUUUGUUUAAAAGCUUGCCUGAGAGACUACAAUACGGCUCCAAGCAAUGCAAGCCGCAGAAGCUCCAAGCAAUGCAAGCCGCAGAAGCUCCAAGCAAUGCAAGCUGCAUUAUAAAUGCCGCAGAAGAUAUUGUCCAUUGACUAUUGCUGCCAACUGCCUCGGAUUACUAGAAAAAACUGCAUGAUGUUUUUACGUAAAGUUAUAUAUCCAAGUCAGAUUGCUUAUGAAUUUCUGACUCUAAAUCUAAAUAUAUUGAGAAAGACGCUUAACUGACGCAAGAGUUUCUCUGUAAGUUCCGGUGAACACUAUUUUGUCUUUCUGUUAUUGGUGUAUGUACAUAAGUUGAUGAAAGUGUUUCGUCCUAUACAUUUUAUACAUGUUUAUAUGUAUACGUUAUAGAUCUGAAAGAGUGGGAUUACUGCGUAUAUGGCCUUUGAAUGUUAUUAUUUUAGAUAUUAAUGUAAAUAUCUAGAAUAUUUUAACGAACUGCUUAUAGCUGAAGGUUAUUUUAAUUCGGAGUUGAUGCAAAGAAAUUAUAGUUAGGAUAUCCCAAAUUUUUCAGAGCUUCUUUUGGUGAAACUGUUAAAACAAAAUAGAAAAUGUUAUUUGGAUUACAGAAUGUGAUAAUGUCAAAAGAAAGUAUAAUUAUUAUGUUUGAAAUAUUUAUAUAAAUAAAAGAUAUAGGUAAGCAACAAGUUUUUGAAAGGAAUUGAGUUUGUACAUAUUUCCGUUCCGUAAUGGUUCUGCUUAGAAAUAUGGCCGCUAUAAUUGCUGUAUAUAUAUUUUGAACUAAUUAAUAAUUAAAUACCAAUAUAGCGGCCAAAAAUGUCAAUUAGUUUUCUUUGAAGUAAAUAUCAUGUAAGAAUAACUAUGUUAUUAUAGGCGAGACAAGAAGGUUUAACAUGGGAAAUUUAAAAAGAAAAGUAUCAUUAAAUCACUAAUAAUAGUGAAAAUUCCUUGGCUGAAGUUAAUAAGUGUUUUUUGCGAAUUUUGUUAAAUAUUUAGUGCAUUUAUUUAAAAUAUACAUAAUUAAUUAUCAAAUUCAUACUACAGCUAGUGACAUCUCAAGUUACGAUUUCAUAGAAAAUUAAGUGCAACAGAAUCGCUGAUGAAUGACAUCACACGUGUUUUUAAUCAUCUAGAAACUAUAGAAAUAAUUCAAUAAAAAAGACAAGUUUUUAUUUUAAAUUUAUAACUUCUUUGUAUUGAAUACUGAUAUUACUGUUCAAAAUUAAUUUCAGUUGAAAUAUACAACUUACUUUUAAAUAUAUUUGGACUUUAUUGGGAACUAGGGAAAAUUAUACAAUGCUCAUGGCUUUCAACUUGAGAUGUCACUUUUAAUAUACUUUUUAAGUAAAUAUUUUUUAAAUGAAAAACUUAUUUAUUUUACAGCCCAUUUCUAAUUGUGAUAUUAGUAAUUGUAGCCAAGAAUUAUAAUUUAAUAUUAUAAUUCUUGCCAAUACUUUAGAACUCCAAUUUUCCGGGCUAAUCGGGACCAGACCGGAUAAUGGAAUAUUCGUAAAUCCGAAUAAUUGACGGGAAAAAAAGAUUGUAUCUUGAGGGGAAUGUUUUUUUUUUUUUUUUUUGCUAAUAAUAUAUUAAUUUGAUGACUACAAAAACACUAUUGUUUGCAUUUUGCAUACCACUAUGUUUUAUUAAAAUAUCGGUGCUUGAAAAUAUCAGUAAAUCAGUCGUUUUCUAUCUUUAUUCGACUUGCAGAGUUUUUUUCCCCCUCUCAAAACGAUCCGGAUAAACAGAAAUUGGAUAAUUGGAGUUCAGUUGUUAUAUAAAUGGUUUCAGAAUUGAUUUGUGACAUUUUAAACAAAAUUUAAUCUAUUUCCAAGUUUAUUAGAAAGACAUCGAUUGCAUAAUAAUGAUAACAAGGAACAAAGCGCAGGGAAAUAUCAUGCAUGUUUUUUCUUUGCAUUCUAAAGCUUUAUUUAAAGAAAUUCGUUAUCAGUGCUACUCUAUGUAAUCAGUGAUCCGAUUUUUGUAACACUGAUCUGUGAUGUGUUUUUGUCAGAUAUUGCUUUAGUCAAAGAAAUCUUGUGAUAUUUUUUCUUUCCCUUCACAAGUGACUUUUUUUUUUAUCUCUGUUUAUAAUCAGUACUCAUUUUUUUGCCACGUCACUGUGCAUUUGUGAAAUGUAAAAUACGUUCUAUUAUUGUACGUUUUGUUAUUGUACAUCAUUCAGAUAUUUAAUUAUUGUUUCAUUCUUUUGAGGAAUUUCUAGAAAGUUCUUAACAGAACUAGAAUGAGUGCUAAUUUAUUGUAUUUUUAAAUGUUGUGUAGAAUUUAUAAAUUAUAGAAUCAAAAUAUUCUAGAGAAAUAUAGAUCAAAAUUAAUUUUGGAAUUAAAAAAGGGCUUCGUAAACUUAUUUCAAUUACGACUUCAAAAUUUAAAAAAUAUAUUAAGAAAAUGAUAUUUUAAACAAUAAAAAAUUAAAAUUAAAUAGUUAUUUAACAAGUUGUGUUAAAAUUGUCUAAAUUUUAAUGAGCAUAUGCCCAAAUUUAAUGAAAUAAUUUUAAUUUUUAAUGAAAAUUUAAUAUAAAUUUUUAUGGGCAUUUUAAAUUUUUUUAAUGAAAUCGUAUUAAUUUUUAAUAAAAGUUGUACAAAUUUAAAUUUUAUUGAAAAUUUUGAAAAAUUAGAAUGAAAUAGAGAUGAUUUUCUUUACGAUCCUUACCUACAUGGAUUUGUAGUGAGCACAUUGUUUUGACCGCAAUUAGGGGUGGAAACCUGAAAUUUAAGCAGCCCUGAGAAAAAAUAAGGUUGAAAAUGAAAUAUAUCUGACUCCUUAGUUGGCAAAUUUUUCUCUACCUUUGAUAUUACCUAUUAUAUACUUAUUAUCGCACAACUGACUUUAAUUUCAUAAUGAAAAAUUUCUUAUUUAUUAAUAAAUUAUUGAAUAUUUAUGCUCCAAAUUAUUUCUUAAAUAAUACAUUUUUUUUUUUUUUUUUUUAGUAUUGUAUUAUUUUUCUCAAGUGCAUUUAAUCGAGAGAAGUUAUAAUCAGCUAUUAAUAGUAUUUCUCAAAAAUAAGAAAACAAAAUUUAGUUGGAAAAUUUUUUGGAAAAAGAUUUAAAAUCUUUCUUGAUUCUAUAUUUUACCUCAUUUUAAGAUAGAGACUUUUUUAAAUGCAUUUGGUAAUGCAUUUUUUUGAGGAACUAAAAUAUUGUAAUAUUUAUGUAUUUUUACAUACAGAACUGUACGGAAAUAAUUAUAUCCAGUCUGCUUAUUUUCUUUUUUUUGUAACAUGCGAGAGAUUGUUCAUCCCUUCAUGCUAUUUAUUUCCACCAGAGUUCAAAUAUUGUUCCCAUGACAUUUCAUUUGUGAUAGUUGAACUCGUGGUGUUUUUUUGUACCGAAACUCAAAGUUACUUUUAAUGUAUUAUCUUGUAAGUAUCAU